AUUUAGACUGUGAAUUAUCAAGCAAACCUAGAAGAGAAGACGCCCCAAGUCAUAACCUUUUUUCCAUUUUGGUGUUAAAUUCUGCUAUAAUUUUUUUAAAAAUUAGUUAUUUUAUUUCUUUCGCAUUUUGUAUAUGAAUUUUCGGAACCCCAUUUGUUAAAAAAUGGAGUAGUAGUAUCUUAGGGUUGUGAAAACAUGGGGGAAAUUAAAGUUCCAUCGUUAGUUAACUUGUGCAUUUACUCAAUUAGAGAUGAACUCAUUCAAGUUGAUGAUCUUAAUCUUUCAUCAGUAUUGUAUCGCCUUCCUACGGAGUUGUUCGAUCAGUUGCUGUUGCAGUUACCUCCAUUGGCAUUGCAGAAAUUACAACAAGGGAAAUCUGUUAUCUUGGAUGAUCAUGAGCUUUUGACUGACGGUGUUGAUAAUCAGAGAAAGCGUAAAAGAUAUCUGAAUUUUGAGGAAGAGUGGAAAAAUCUGUAUGAAGCUCGGUGGCCUGCUUUUGGUUGGAGGAGUAAGAAUUUCAGGAGUAAGUCAUCUGCCAGAUCAGCAAACCAAAAAGAAGUAGAGUGUGAAUCCGCAAAUGACUGGCAACAGAUGUAUUGGGAAGCACAUUUGCAGAAUUGCCUGGAUACAGCAGCAGAGUUGACUUUAUUCCCAUCUUUUCGUGGUCGGAUUAGUGAAAUAGAAGUUCCAGAAUCAAUCUUAAACUAUAUUGAUCAUAGGGGACGCAUCAGUAGAUUCACCUGUGACUAUUCCAAGUUCGCUUAUCAUUGCCAACAAUUUGGAUCGUAUGCCAGGCACCUGAGAUUGCCAAAUGUUCUGUGUGUGGAAGAAACUUGUCUUUUACUUAGAAAUGCAAGGUUGGAGAGUUUGGAACUACAAUGGAUUAAGUCUUAUAUGCACGUCGAGGGGUUAUGCAAACUCAUCAGCCAGAACUAUCGAUCCCUUAAGUCAAUUAAAUUCAUGCAUUGCAAGUUUACAGUUUCUUCUCUUGAUGCAAUUUGUGACUUGCUAUGCAUGCACAGUCCUCAAGCACUUGGGAUGCAACAUUUCUCAAUCAAGACAUCAAACUUCCUAGAGAACAACUUUCAAUCCUUGCCAGCUGGACUGAUAUCUUUGCUAUCAUCAGGGAGGUCCUUGUCUUCACUAUGCUUAUCAGACAACCAUCUUCCUCGCCAUUUUGCGAGGAAAGUAUUUGAUACCCUCGUUGAUGCUUCAUCUGGUAUUACCGUUCUGGACCUUUCAGAAAACAAUAUCGCGGGAUGGCUUUCUCAUUUUAAAUAUAAGAACAGAAGUAGCACAGAUGGGACAUAUAAUUCAUUGAAGUCAUUAAAGGAGCUUAAUUUAAGGAACUGCAAUCUACAGAUGGACGAUGUGGAUUGUCUCAGAUAUGCUCUAGUCCACGUACCUAAUCUGGAGCAACUCGAUCUCAGUGACAAUCCUAUCGAGACUUCUGGAAUCAGGUGUCUAAUCCCCUACUUCAAAGAGACGUCCUAUAAAUAUUUCCCCCUUGUCGAAUUGAAGUUGGAAAGUUGUGAGCUUACAUGCUUUGGAGUUUGUGAACUUCUAGAAGCUCUUUCAUCUUUGAGAAAACCACUGAAUUUUCUCUCGAUCGGAGGCAACUCUCUUGGCAGUGAGAUAGGAACAGCACUAGGGAAGUUUCUAUGCGGUGGUAUUCAAGCUCUUGAUAUUGAAGACAUUGGACUAGGUUCUUCUGGCUUCAUGAGAGCAGGCCAAGCGAUAGUGAAGGAAACAAAGCUCCACUCAAUCAACAUAAGCAAGAAUCGAGGUGGAAUUGAAACUGCAAGAUUUCUGUCAAAGCUUUUCUCUCAUGCUCCAGAUCUUUCAACAGUAAAUGCAAAAUACAACUUUAUGCCCAAAGAAUCUUUGUCAAUCCUUUCCUCUGCUGUAAAAGCUGCAAAAGGUAAACUGGAGCAUUUGGAUUUGAGGGGAAAUAUCAUAUGUGGACAACAAGUUCAUUUAUCUGAGUUGGCUGAGUUUCAGACCAAUGGAUUUUCUAUUUUGGAACUCUCUUCUUCACCAGCUUUAAAUGAACCUUAUGAUGAUGAUCCUUAGUUGCUUCGUGAGGUUUCUGAUGUUGUUGUCAAUCAUGUUUGGUAAUUAAGUGGAGAAAGACAGACGGGAACAGUACCAUUGUGAUCUCCUCCUCUGGCGCUUGCUUGUGUGAAGGUUUAGAGCCUUUCUCAAAAGAUUUAGUCCAACGAUAGUUUCAUAUAAAGAUGUGAUUUGCCUCUCCCCCACCCCCCAGAAACAGUUGAGCUGGUUGUACUUAAGCUCCAAGGUUUUUACCCCAACAAAUCAAAUUAUAUCUGGGAAAAGGUGUUCUAUUACAAGUAUCUCCAUCUGUAAUUUUUUUUUCCAGAUUUUGACCUUAAUUUUUGGUUCGAGGUGCUAGAUUAAAUCAUAGGUGUAUGUUGUCAAGAGUUUGAAUCCUAUUAUGAUUCAAAGUCUCUGAUGGAGGGACGAGUUGUUGUCACCGAAGUUUGAAGUUGAAUACUAGAAAAUAUUCCAUCUCAAUUUGUGCAAGACUAUUUUCUUAUUA